AUCAGCGUGGGGCGGGGGGGUCAUUUUCGUCGGACGGAUAAUUUCCCGCCACAAGAAAUUCCUUGACGAAAUUCAACUCCAUUUGCUGCAAUUACAAGAGACGAUCUGAGAGAGAAGAAGAAGCACAGGCAACGGGAGAAAUAAUGAAUCGAUGGAAGGUGACCUAUACGAACCACCUCAAGCAGAAGCGCAAAGUUUAUCACGAUGGUUUCUUAGACAUCCACCGUUCCAGCAACAAGACAAUGCUCUAUGAUGAGUGCGAGAAGCUCCUCGAAUGUAGAAUCUUAAGGCAAGAUGAAGUAAUUUGCUCUGGUGAAACGCUUAUAUUCAACAGUUUCCUUGUUGACAUUGACACUCCACUGGGAGAUCAUAAGCCGGAGUUUGGUCUGAAUUUCCAAGAAGGUGAUGAUAAGAUAUCUGAAAAGUCUGGUGUGCUCCGAGGGAAAAGUAUCCGAAAUAACUCAGUUUGCUUUGCAAGUGCAGAGAAGAAUAAAACUCGGCCGAGUCUCAGCCAUUCACAUCAAAUAAUCAGAGAAUUUAAGAAGAGAAGAUUGAAGAGCUACGGAUCGCCACAAACUAGUCCAGACACUAGAAAGACAGAAGAGACAGAGUGGCAGGUCCUUUACACCACAAAUAUUACUCAGAAAGCUAAGAAGUUCCAUGAUGGUUUCUUAAAACUUUCUAUUUGUGGAUCCCUCGGGAGUCAGGUCAUGCUCUUUGAUGAAAACAGGAAGCUAUUGAAUAGCAGAUUUAUUAAGAAGCAUGAAACAGUAAAAUCUGGAGAAUCAAUAGCCUUUGAUGCUCAUUUAGUAGAAAUUGGAGAAUGUGAAAAGGACCAUAAGCCUUCUAAAAUUCCCUUAAAUGAAGGUACUAGUUCUAAAGAAGGGGGAGACAGGGUACUGCAUGGACAGAAAAGCUGUUUCAGUGAAAAUGAAAUAUCAGCUGGGAAAGAAUGGCAUGUUUUGUACACUAGUCAGAUAACUCAGAAGUCCAAGAAAUAUCAGAAUGGGAUCAUUAAAAUUUCCUCAUCUGGUUCUCACCAAAUGCAGGUUACUUUACUGAAUGAAGAUAGAAACAUAUUAAGCAGAAAACACUUAAGUUUAUCUAAAAAUGUGAAGGUGGGGGAGAAACUUGAGCUACCAAAAUACUUGGUGGAGAUUGGCGAGGCAUGCGAAAGUGUCAAAGUAGAGCUCGGCAACAGAAAUUUUGAUAUUAGAAAGGACGCAAGUUUUUGCAUUUCUGGUGGAGAUGAAAAGGGAUCGGGAAGGGAGACUACGCAAAAGUCUUUACGGGAUGUUUUAUAUCAUGAAGCCCAUCAAAUAUUGUCCAUUCUUCAAAGACCAAGGGCUAGAGUGAACCUUUCUUCCGGUCAUACAGAUGAAAAUAUUAGCGUAUCUGUUUCGUCACGUAACCCUAAACCUUCCGUUGCGGAGGCAUUGCAUCUUCCUAUAGAUGACCAAUCUCAUCAAAAGCCAAGUGAAGGACAGAACACGAGGGAAUCAAUUAAGAAUGCAGAAAACAGCCAAUCCAUUGCUCUAACUCAAUCAACAUUCACUGGUAAUGCCGAAACAUUGACAGAAGAUGGUGAAAUCGGACAAUCCAGCAAGCUUCGAUCAGACCAUGUGGAGGCCGAAAGUAUUUCUCUCAGAAAUUCAAUUCCUAGGAAAAGUGACUCUGCUGCUUGUAGCCUUGUCAACGACGACGAAGGGAAAAUCUGCGAAGAGAUUACAUAUGAAAGAGAAAUGCAUGCAUUCCCAAGUUUUGAUCUUGGAAUUUGAGCUUGCCAAUUCAUAUUUAAAUAGACGACGCAGCGCCUACAGGCUACAACACAGGUCAGGAAAACUACAUUCGUUCUCGCCAUAUUUGAAAAUUCCUUUUUUUUUUUGAAUAUUUUAUCACAUUAGUGAUGCAUUCUCUGUUUAUCAAGUACCAAGUCAGCAAGCAAAUGGAUUUUUAGGUCUCUAGUCCGACAUGCCCAUAUAUUUCUUCUAUUCAUAGGUAUAACUAUAAACAACAAAAAAGAUUAAUCUCUCAAGUUUGUUUAUGUAUAGAUUUUGGAUUAGAAAAAACUUUAAUAAUGAUAUUGUGCUAUAUAUUCUAAAUA